AUGAUUGUUGGCUUUGUCCAUGAUGUUCGAAUGCACAAAGUGGAUGAAAGCAAAUAUCCACAGGCUCACAUAGACACUGUACAAGAGGCUAUAGGACUGCUGAAGGGGACGAAGCUGAGAUGGUUUGAGAUAAAUGGACAGGAAUACAAUCCAGACAUAGAUCCAGAGAGCAAGGACAAGGAACGUAUGAGGACCACUUUUGGACCGGACCUGAGGUCCGGUCCAGGUCCGCCCGGGAAUAACCCGGAAGUGGUUAAGAUGUGGGAGCGCUGCAACGAUUUUGAAGAAGACGGAGAACGACUAAACAACUUCAACGAACGUGAACUUGCAACCAGAGAUGAGUGCGAGGAACUCAAUGCAAGACGUGUUGAUCGAAGUGCUGAGACAGCGAUGUCGAGUGAACUUGUGUAUGUGCACGCAUCCUUCUUUGCGUGGCAGGAAGGCCAGGACGCACCAGAUUCAGACCCCUAUAGGACAUAG